CAAAUUUUACGGUUGAGAAUGUACAAAAGCCAGAAGAAAAAUCCUCUCUUGUGUAGGAAAGAAAGAGCCCCUCCCAAUCGUUAUUUAUCCCUUUAUCGCCUUCAACUGGAGAGCAACUCUCUCUCUUCUCUCUUUCAGAGUUUCUGUGUCUUGUCUACGAUCUGUAGGCACCAAGAGCCAGUGACUGCCCCAAAGGACACCUAAUUCCUGUACAUCUGCCGAGGAAGAAAGCCUGCUUCCAGCACGAAAAUGGAGAGCAAGGAAGAGGUAGAGGAGCUCACUGUCACAAAGCACAAGGGUUGGAAGGCCAUGCCUUAUGUCCUGGGCAAUGAGACUUUUGAGAAGCUGGGGAGCACGGGCAUGCUCUCCAACCUGAUAGUGUACCUGACCACCGUCUUCCACAUGAAGCAAGUUGAUGCGGCCAUCCUGCUCAACGUAUUUUCCGGCACCACCAACCUCGCGCCGGUGGUAGGCGCCUUCCUCUCCGACUCCUACUUCGGCCGCUACGCUACCCUGGGCUUCGCCUGCGUUGCUACCUUCCUGGGAAUGCUUCUUGUGACCCUUACUGCAGGAAUACCAAGGCUGCACCCACCACACUGUAAAAGCCUAAACCUAGCCGGGACAGGCUGCAUUGGACCGAGCCAAUCUCAGCUAGCUUUCUUGCUAGGUGGGUUAGCUUUUCUAGUCGUUGGUGCAGGCGGGAUCAGGCCAUGCAACCUAGCCUUUGGUGCGGACCAGUUCAACCCCAAAACUGAGAGUGGAAGAAAAGGCAUCAACAGUUUCUUCAAUUGGUACUAUUUCACCUUCACAUCCAUGAUGAUGGUGUCCUUGACAAUCAUAGUAUAUGUCCAAGUGAGUGUGAGCUGGACCUUGGGCCUUGCCAUCCCCACUACUGCCAUGUUCUUCUCUUGUGUCUGCUUCUUUUUGGGCACCAACAUAUAUGUAAAGAUCAAGCCAGAGGGGAGCCCCUUCACCAGCUUAGCCCAAGUCUUUGUUGCUUGCAUCAAGAAGAGAAGGUUGAAGGCUGUGAGCCAGCCGGAGAAGGAGCUCUUUGAUCCCCCACAUACAAGCUUGCUCAAUUCCAAGCUUCACCAUACAGAUCAAUUCAGGUUCUUGGACAAGGCAGCAACCAGGGCACCUGAAGAUACACUCAACGAAGACGGCUUAUCACCAACCAACCCAUGGAGGCUAUGCAGCAUCCAGAAAGUAGAAGAAGCAAAGUGCCUGCUGAGAGUGAUCCCAAUCUGGUCUUCAACCGUAAUCUUCUACAUGGCCUUGUCCCAGCAAACUACCUACGCUGUCCUUCAAGCCAUGAACAUGGACAGGCACAUCGGCAAACACUUCCAGAUCCCGGCAGGUUCCUUCAUAGUCAUCUCCAUGUUGGCCCUGACCCUUUGGCUGCCCUUGUAUGACCGAGUUAUUGUGUCUGCGGUCCGGCGGAUCACGAAGCAGGACGGCGGAUUCACGCUUCUGCAGCGGAUGGGGAUCGGCCUUGUGCUUUGUGUGAUCUCCAUGGUGGUCUCAGGCAUUGUGGAAGCAAGGAGGAGGAGACUUGCAGUAAGUGAGGGGACCCUCAUGUCAAGUCUAUGGCUCAUACCACAAUUUGCUAUUGCAGGGCUAGCAGAGGCAUUUAACAUAAUAGGUCAGGUUGAGUUUUACUACAAGCAGUUUCCUGAGAACAUGAGGAGUGUUAGUGGGUCUUUCCUCUUUCUUGGAAUGGCUGCAGGAAACUACAUGAGCAGUCUCUUUGUGAGCGUUGUGCAUAAGACAACAGGCCAUGGCCGCCAUGAAAACUGGUUGAAUGAGAACCUCAACCAUGGGAGACUGGACUUUUUCUACUACGUGAUUGCUGGUUGUGGUGUUGUAAAUUUUGUCUACUUCAUUUUCUUCGCUAGGUGGUAUAGGUACAAAGGUGCAGACAGUGGUAACCAGGUUGCCGAGAUAGGAAUGAAGACGAUGAACUCUGGUGCUUCACAUGUGUGACCCCAUUACAGAUGUGACAUUUAUAGCAAGAAAUCAAAGUUGAAUAUGAUCAGUUGGAGCACUGGUUUCGUGUUUCCAGAAAUUUGAAGCACCUUUUCCAAAUUAAUUCAGCUGCACAAAUGUGAAAAGAAGAGAAAUGUAGGAAAGAAAUUACGGCAACCUAUGAUCAGAUUGAAUUUAAUGUCAGAAAAAGGAACAGAACAGAAAGACACAAGAAUAUAAAGAGGUUUGGUGAUGAAAAUAUCACCUAGUCCUCUCUUAGACCUCUCUCUCUCUCUCUCUCUCUAAUGGAAUAGUGAGAAGGAAGACUACCUUUGAGUAACUCAGUUAAACUCAUAGAAAAGUGGGUCUUGCACUAACCCAUUAGCAUUGCUUGUUUUACAUAUAUAAUGUAGCUUUCUAUGUGUAACGAUGCUUUCAAUGUUAGAAACGAUGUUCUUCUCUUUCUUGUUUCUUUCA